AUGUCGACGAGCCAUGGCGCGAUGAAGCACCAAGUGCUGCAGACGGCGACCAAGAUCAAGCUGCGCGAGCUCAACGCCCACGAGCAGCGCCUGCGAUCGCACUACGCGGCGCUGCUGGCAGCGGCCAACCACGCUGCGGCGCCGAUGCGCGACCAGCUCGAGACGCUGUACGCAGGUGUCAAGGACUUGCAGGUCGUGCAGACGCCAUUGCAUCCGGACCUGGAUCACAUGGGCGCGCUCGCCGACUUUGCCACGAGCGACGUCUGGACCACGGCGCAGGCGGUGGCGCAGCACCGAUCGUCGCUGCUCAAGGAGAUCGACCAGCGCCAGUCGCUCUGGCGACACAACAAGCUGCUCGGCGCGCUCUUGCACGAGUCGUUGGCCGAAGAGCUUGCGCCCGUCGAUGUCGAGUGGGAAGCCGUGGGCGACGCGACCAGCAGUGGCGGCGUCGGCGAGCUCACGGACGCUGUCUUUGCCUACCUCGACUCGACCGUCUUUGCCGAGCGGGCCGAGUACGGCCGUGAAAAGUGGGGCCGCGUCCGAGAUGCGCUGAGCAGCGUGCGCAUCGAGCUCAGCGAGUUCUCGGAAGCGUUCCGAUUGCGCGCCAAGGUCUCGAGCGCCGACGUGGUUGAGGCAGCAACGCUUCUGCUGCGCGAUGCAGCGACAUUGGCCGACGACGUGGCCGGCUUUUUGCGCGACGUGCAAGGCAACGCGACGACGCAACAAGAGCUCGCCGACGUGCUCACGAUCGAGUUGGGCAACUUGACCGAGUUUGCGUGGCCAGUGAACGGCGUCGCCGUUCAGUUCAAGCGCGGUAUUAGCGGACGGUACCGCUGCCACCUCCAGGAAGACGCUGUCUCGCUGCUGCUUUUCCAGCACGUGGGCAUGGUCUGGGGCAGCAAGGUUCGAGAGCAGAUGGCGACACUCUUGCACGCCCUCGAGCCGACCGCACGACCGGCCCGCGGAUCCGUCGACGCGACGCGCAAGGAGCUGCGCGACGUCUUUACGCUCGCAGCCCUCAACACGUCCAGUGGCAGCUACGACGAAGUGUCGGGCGAGGUGACAUCGGGGUUCGCCGGCGCGUCCAAGCUCGAUCUCCUGCGCAUGCUCAGCGCCGAGGCGCAGUACCAGGCGGCGUUCACUCCCGAGAAUGCAACCACGUCGCUGACGGCGGUCACGACCGACCUCACGUUCUUUGGGCCGUCCAUCUCGCACGCUGCCGUGCUCGGCUGCCUCCGCUUCUUUGGCGUCGACGAGCCAACGCGCGGUAUCUUGACCCGGUACAUGCAGCUGCCGCUGGUAUUUCCCGGUGCGACUUCGCCCCGCACCAUGCAGCGCGGGCUCUCGGUCGGGCGUGCGAUGACCAUGUUCCUCUGCGAGGUCAUCCUCUUCGUCAUGGACUUUAGCGUCCGGUCGACGACGGGUAUCCACCUCUUCCGGCGCCACGACGACAUCAUCUUCUUCGAUGCGGACGGAGACAAGGCCGCGGCGGCGUGGCGCGCGAUGCAAGCCUGGAACGAUAGCGGGUCGGUACUGCUCUCAAGCGCGCUCACCGGUGUCCACGCCGCGCCGGCGCCCUUGCCGUCGACGCCGAUUCGCUGGGGGUUGCUCGAACUGCAGUCGGAUGCGACCGUCCGCAUCCUAAACGACAAGGUCGACGCGUUCGCACUCGAGCUUUGCGACCGCCUCGCCGCGGCGCCGUCGGUCUUUCGCUGGAUCAACGUCUACAACAAGUACAUGGUCUUCUUCGUCCGCAACUUUGGUUCGGUCUCGCCCGUCUUUGGCCUCUCGCACGCCGACGCGGUCGCCGAGACGCUGCGCCGCGUGCACCGCAAGGUUUUUCCCAACGGGAAUGUGCUCGCAGCGCUGCAAGCUCGCAUUGUGCAGCGGCAUCCAGGGCUCUUGGGCGAGACAUUGCCCGCGGCGUGGGCCCAAUGGCCGCUGACGCUCGGCGGCCUCGGCCUCCACAACCCGUUCCUCGUCGUCUGGUCGCUGCGCCGCGCGCUGCUGGACCACCUCAAGCUCUACCACACGCGCGUGCACGAGCCGUGGCCCAAGGAGCGCAGUCAGUGGCAAUGGCGCGCUGCCUUCUCCACCGAAGCCAUGCGUCUUCGCGAACGCUACGACGUCUUUAAGGAAACGAUCGAGCGCGACGGCCUCGAAGCUGCGUUUGAGACGGUGGAAUUGGCGGACCUGCGGCAGUUCACGACGCUGCCAAGGCACGAGACCACGUUUGACGCCAAGUACCGCGUUCGAUCGCUGUCCGAGGUGCUGAAGCGGGCCGGGGCAAAUGAGACGCCGCAUCUCAAGAACGAGUACGCGGCGUGCAUCUCCCAGGUGACCGAGACGUCGCCGAAUAACGCCGCGUGGUGGUCGACGUCGACAGGAAGCGCUCCGUACUGGCACUGGCUCGCACAGCUCUACAGCGAUCAGUUUAGCUCCGAGUUUGGCACGGUCGCGUUCUUCAGCCGCGAGCUGCUGCCGUCCCAGCUCAUCGAGACCAUCGAGAAGACGGCGGUCUCGUGGUAA